AUGGUCAUUAAAUCAAAGAGAUCAAACAUUUCCACUUCAAUUCCCACAACAAUGUUAUCAAAACCGUCACUAUCAUUAAAAAUCUUCCCAACUGAACUUUUAUUAAUCACUUUUCAAAACCUUGACAUACCAACAUUAUUAAAGAUUUGUAACGUGUGUAAACGUUUCUUGCAAAUCGGUACAAUGGUUUUAUCAAAAAAAUUUAAAGAUCCAAAUAUUGGAUUGAUGUUAACAUUUGAACAAGAGCAUAAAUGGAGGUUUAAUGUACAAUUUGAAUUUAGCAAAUUUAAUGAGCAAAACGGGAAUUUUAUUUUUAAACCUAUAAAAUUACAAUCGACCAUGAGAUUUAUUCACUCAUCGGUGGUUCGAAAUCCUGUGUUAAGUAAAGUUGCCAUUACUGGUAUAAAAUGUUCAAAUAAUGAUGGAAAAGUUUGCAAUGAAAUCCGCGUUCCUUUUUCACCAACAAAUGUGACAAAUCAAAACAAUCACUUGACAACUUUACCACAACCUCCUGCAUCUCUUUCAUCCCCUUCCCCCACUCCUUCUAACCCCACAAUUAAAUCACAGAAACUUGAAGAAAAUUUCUUGCAAAAAUCUUUGCCUCUUGGAAUAAAAUCACAUAAAGAUGUUUUAAAAAAGACUCAACAUGUUUAUCGUAUGGGUCAUGGCACCACUCACUUGAGAAUCCCUUAUACAUUUUCAUAUUCGGUAGCCGACAAACCUCCGCCUCCAAUGCAAAAAACUCGCGGUGGUGAACGUUGGUUGACUCCACUAAAUUUUGAAUGUUCUCCAAGCUUUUUUUACCCACAUGAGCCAACCGCCCAUAAAAUAAUUAUGACUAUCAUCCAUCUAAGAAAAAAGAAUUUACUUAAGAAAAAACCAUUAUCCUCAACACAAAUUUCAAAUAACAAUUAUAAGCAAAAACAAAAGGCGAUUGGUACUGAAAUAGAAGAAGGUUUUAUCUCAAUCGAUAUUGACACAGGCUAUCAUGAGAUUCAAAAUCCUAAAGCUUACAAACUAUUUUUUGAAAAACAAAUGAAUCUACAAGAUAAAUUAAAACCUUCAAGACGUUGGGUUCGUGGUGCCAGACAUUAA